AUGCACUUGACCGAUGGAGAGGUGGAAUCCAACCCCUACAAACAGUCUAUGCUGCGGUUACUAGACUAUAUUGGAUUACGAGGUUAUGGCACGUCUGAGGCCACCAUGCCAGAGCGCAGCGCGGCUGAACAAGAGAGGAUCGCUCAACAUCUUUUACGCGUAACGCAGGAAGCUCAAGGCAAGUCCACCCACACCGGAACGUUGGGUUUUGCGUUGCGAUAUGGAUCGAUAACCACCCCUGAUGCGGCCGCGCAACCUACGAUCUAUUUAAGCGCCGAGGAGACGUUGGAGUGGAAAGCUUUUCUCGCUGGAACGCCCGUGAAGGAGAGGCAUAUGGUAUCGGUGCGCAGACGACUUUCGCUCAAUCUAUGGCGCGCCCACAUACGCGGGCUAUGCCUGUGGUGCUGGUUCCCGAUGGGUGUGUGCAUGUGUGCGAAGCUGCGGGAGUACCGCGCCGCCCUCCCCGCGGAGGCACUGAGCGGCGCGUUUCAGCUCACUAUCCUCCUCCACGCGGAGGAGGUAUUCCGUAGUACAAACACGGGGCAUCUCGCCGCCUUCUUGCUAGGGGCCCCUCUCCGAGUGUGGGGGGUGCCAGAGGACGACACCUACAUCGCGCAGCUGCCGGCUACCUCCGAAUACGCGACGAUCGCGUCAGUGACGGUCGAAGGAGGGCAACAUCGCUCGUGCGAUGCCCCAUACCGUGUCCAUCACUUACUACUUUACCCUGAAAGGGGUGCGCCGGAACUUGAUGGCUUUAUACACGAUCGUCUUCACACGGAACCUGUCGGAGCGCCGCGCACGUCCGCCAGUGGCGUUUCUUCCGCUCCCCCCUCUGCAGACAAGUUUCAUUUAAUUCUGCUUGAUAGCACUUGGGGUCAGGCUCUGUCGCUCAACCGGCAUAUCUCGCGUUGCGUGCCGCGGGUUUCCUUGACUAUCAGCAAGGAGUACGAAGCAUUAUUUUCUGCCUUACGGAAGCGAACGCGGGAGAGCGGUGUGAGCACGUUUGAGGCCAUCAGCAUGGCCAUCGAGCAGCACCUGCAUGCUUUGGGCAUGCACGACGCAUCGGCAUUCGUCUUCCACACUCUCAUAGGUGCGAUGAAAGAGUUUGUCGACAUGAGAUGUCUUUUGAAGUUUACCGAACCUCGUUUCGAGCAGGAGGGCGAUAAGCUGAAAGAGAUUGUGCAGCAACGAGAUCUCGCUCGGCGUGAGGAGGCUCAGCAUCGACAGGAGCUGCUUGCAUCGCGUAUGCAGACGGAUGCCGCCACACGACGGUUACUGCUGCCGCCUGUCCUCAACUAUUGUUAUUGCUGUGAUCGCGUUAUCGGGUGGCAUCGCGUGCCGGAGCACGUGCUAGGGAGAAGGCAUCAUUCUGCCCUUUCUUUGAACCCCACGUGUGAGCCAUCGAAGAUGGCGAGAAGUUGCUUCAUAGCAGACUUUUCGCGUCUUCCACGCUCACAAUACGCUGAGGGUCACCAUGGUGAAAAGGAGGAGGGGGAGGUUAAGCGAGGAUAA